CAUUAAGGAAGGAUGGCUUAAUGAGGGAUUAAGGGACCGGGCGCUCCGCUGUGCUACGUUCGCUCCGAACCCCGAAGUCAGGUACAAGGCCGCAUGGUGGGGGAAGGCACCUUCCCCUCACGGGAGCAAAUUGAUAAUCGCCCCCGAACCCCGAAGUCAGGUACAAGGCCGCAUGGUGGGGGAAGGCCCCUUCCCCUCACGGGAGCAAAUUGAUAAUCGCCCGUCUGCACCAUUACCAUAGGAGGACAUUUUUAAAAUGAUAAAAUUACACAAUUUGCACAACUUUGUGGAGGAAAAUGGCAUUAACGAAAUUAAAACAGCUCUACUUACAAUUCUUGGCUUGCCGCUAUUUCCACACUAUUUGAUUCAGGAAGUCUUUGAUUUAAUAAAAGAGGACGCUGCAGUAGAAAAUGAAAAUCUAACGAGAUUUUUCGAGGAAUUUGAAAACGAUGGGAUAGUAACCAUUACCCCAGCUGUUUUUUCUGUUUUUGGCGAAUGUGAGAGAAUCACAAAUUUAUUCGAACUAUAUGGAAAUAUUCUGGAGGCCGCUAUCCAAUCAAAGCCCAAAAUAUGGGACUUCACAAGAAAUCUAUGGUUAUUCCAAGACUCAAUAAACUUGGACAAUCAGAAAAUCACAAAUGAACGAAAAUCACGUGGAGUAAAAUGCCUAAAAUUAUUCGAAAAAGGGUCAAUCGCACCUGCAAUGAAAGUUUGUUGGAGAAAAUUAGAUAGAGGACGUCUGCGCCUAUAAGAGAAUUCAUGACAAACGUAUAUUACAAAAGCGGAGAGCCAAUGGCGGAAUUUUUGAGUAUAUGUAUUUACAGUCGGACGAUGAGAAUGAACCCCAUGCUUUAAUUGAAAAUGAAGGUCAGGAUCAACUGCAAGCAAACGCUGUUGAGCAGCCAAACGCCGAGGAACUUCAGGAACAAAUAGAUGUUGAAGGUGAUUUUUUCGAGGAACACGUAGAGGAAAUUCUAGACGAUGAUUUUCUUGAAGAAUACGAAGAGGACAUUUCAGAAGAUGAUUUUUUCGAGGAAGAUGAAGAGGAAUUUCUAGAAGAUGAUAUUGUUGACGAAUACGAAGAUGAAAUGAAUACCCUAGAAGAUGAUUUUCUCGAGGAACACGAAGGUGAAAUUCAAGAAAAUGAAAUAAAUAUUGAAGAAGAUAAUUUUUUCGAGGAAUACGAAGAGGAAAUUCUAGAAGAUAUAAAUAUUGCUGCAGUUGAUGUUCCCAAGGAACACGAAGAGGGAGUAGUGGUUAAUAAUCAAGAUGAUCUGAAUAUUAACCAAAUGCAUCAGGUGGAACUUUAAGCUGAAGAUGUACACAUAAAAGAUUUGUAAUUAAUGCAAAUAAGGAAAUAAAAACAGCCCGCCAAGGCAAAGACUUACCGUCUCAAAUUCGCUAAGUGGAGUGUUUUCCUUUUCGUCGUUUAUGUUAAAAUUAUUGUUUGUGGGUUGAACAUCAA